UAUCUCUCUCUCUCUCUAUGUGAUGAAUUUGUGUAAGAAAGGCAACACAUAUACACAUGCAACUGCCAAGAAAUUAAAGAAAACCACACUUUAAACCUAGCUUUCUUCCUUUUCACAUAUACAUACAUACACACAUAUAUAUAUAAUAUCAAAAGUGUGUUGUGUUUUUAUCUCUUAGCUUUCCUUCUUUCUUUCUCUCUCUCUAAGCUUUCUUUCUUUCUCUGUCGUCGUUGGGUGAUUGUGAGUGUCUCUUUUUGCUUUUGAUCCAUCGAUUAUGGAUCACGAUACUAAUUCUCAUUCUCAGUGGCCACACCACCUGCACCUCCAGCAGGGAAUUGGAGGAGCUGUUGUGGUCGAAAAAUCAGGUGUAGAAAUUAGGAAGGCAAUAAUCGAAAAGGAAAAGGAAAAGGGAGGUUUGAAGUGCCCGAGGUGCAGUUGUAGCAACACAAAGUUCUGUUAUUACAACAACUACAGCUUGUCUCAGCCACGAUACUUCUGCAAAGCUUGUCGAAGGUAUUGGACUCAAGGAGGCACUCUCAGAAACGUCCCUGUCGGUGGAGCUUCCAGAUCAAAGACCAACAACAAUAAACCUAAUUCGAUUUCCAAUCAUCAUCAUCAUCAAACCAGCAGCAGAUCGUCCUCCAAGAAAUUAUUUCUUUUAGGAUCCUCGUCUUCGUCGUCUAAUUCUUCGUCUUCAACUACAGAUUUUCUUCUUCCAGGGCAUGAUUUGAAUUUGGGAUUCGAUCAGCUAAUCCCUCACUGGUCUGAGUCGGAUCAAUUUGGGGGUUUUCAUCAAAACCCUAAUUUCAUCACCCACAGCCAUAAUUAUAACCUUCAUCAUCAUCUGCCAAUUAUGGAGCUUUUCAAGAGCGGGGAUUCCAUUUCUGAUCAUCCUGCUGCUGCUGCUAAUGGUAAUGGUAAUGGUAAUGACCUCCUCCUCCAGGUUUCGUCUGGUUUUAAUAUUCCUGCAGCUCAUGAUCAGUUGAGAGGGUUUCCAGUUGAUCAUCAUCAUCAUCAACAACAGAUCAUUAAUGGGUAUAAUACUGCUACUAAUAAUAAUCAGCAGCAGCAGCAAGCGCAGGAUGAGGUGGAAAGAGGAUCAUACCCGUACUGGUUUAAUGGAAUGUUGUCUGCUACUUAAUUCUUGGGUCUUAAUUAAUUAAUUUGCCUUUUUUUGUUAUUAAAACUUUUUGUUUUGAGGAUGUGGCGGUGGUGGGAUCAAGAAAUUAGAAAUGCUGUAUGAGUAUAUGCAUGUCAGGAUAGCUUAAAGAUGAAGAAGAUGAGAGAGAUGUGUGUUUGUUUGUUUAUUCCUCUUGCUGUUUUGGUACUUAGAUUUGUGUAAUGAACAAAAUACUCUAGACUUGAUUGUUUCUGCUGCCUGUUUGCUUGUGUCUUGUCAAAUAUAUAUAUAUAUAUAUAUAUAUGAUGUGGUGGUGUCAUUUUGAGUUACAAUUCCCAGUGCACAUUGUAAUAAUAUAUGAUGCCUUCCCUAGUUUA